UUUGUUUACGUUUACGUAUUUCCAGUGCAGUGGAACCAAUCCCAGUUUUUCCAUCAAUUUCUGUGCGGAAAAUGAGUUUUGAAUAAGGAAAUUUUGGGAAAUUAAAUCCCCAGAAGUGUUGCUAAACGACAAAAAGGACGAAAAGCUUUCAAAAACUCCAGAAAAUUCAUCUUUUUCCCUGAGAUAUUGACAAUAUGGUUUUCCUGAAGGCAAACAUGGAGACACAGAAGACAACGAGUAAGACGAGUCUCCUAAAUAAGAUGCUGAUGAAGGCGUGGCGCGAGAGAUGGACAGACUGCCAGUGGGGUAUAAACAUCAAGACGGUCCUGCCACGAGGCGUAAGUGGGGAUGUCUACAAUUUAGCUGAUUGCAUCCUGCAGCAGGCUGUAGUUGGAUCAGGUGCAAAUCAGCUGGUUUUGUCAUACUUGAGGCAUUCCCUGUGCUCGCAUUUAAUCUCCCACGCAGCUGUCUUGAAGCGAAUUUCAAAGUACGAUGGGCUGGAUAAGCCACAUUGCGUCGCGGCGCUUCUGGAAUUUCUGGAAUCCAUCAUUGGUGGCGUUACGUGCUACGGAAAGUCUGAGGAAUCAAUGAUUGUUAAUUCCGUCACAUCCCUCGUCUUUUGGCUCAUGCAGGUCUACGUACAGGCCGUGAGGAUGUCCUCCGGUGCAGGAGAGGCCAGUAGUGCAUUUGAUUGGGGUAGCAUAACGAGAUGUGUGGGGAAUGUUCUGGACAGCGUGGUGACAAGUCAAUUUCUCAUGGGAAUCCUCUAUUUGGGCAAGCAGGAGGAUGCUGAAUUGUUUGGGAAGAUUUCCAAGAAGUACAGUGAAAUUGUGGGGUUAGCUGGGACAAAAGUUCCCACCAUUGAUGAGGCUUUCCGGAAGGUGGCACUCAUUGAACUCAAUCAUCUGGAUAUGAUUGAGUUGGAACCGAAAUCCGUGGAAGCCAUCACGUACUGCCUCCAACCGCUGCUUGCCGUUGAGGUGCUCCUCAAUCCCAGUUCAGACACCCAAGUCUACGUGGCACAAAUGUUGAUGAUUCAACGCCUCAAGGGCUACUCAACGCCACGCCUGUACUCCGAACUCAUUAGGGCGUGCUUGAUUUCCCUGAAUAAUGUCAGUGGACCCAAUAGGGAGUCAAUGUGGUGCGCAUUCACCUUCAUUAAGCUCCCACACAUCCUCAAGCAACUCAACACCCUCAGUAAGGAUUACGACGAGAAGCUGGACUACUCUCCGGAUGUCAUUGAGGCACUCGAGAUGCUCCUCGAGGAUGCUCCAGUGUUGGAUUUUAUGGACACAAAAUGUGUCUGCAACACCGUUGAAUGCUUCAUGACGGAACUACUGAAGCAGCAUCUUGUCACGGAGAAGCAGAUCAGUAUGUUUGCCUCCCGCAGGGAAUCCAUCACGUCGAGCCUUCAGAAGUUGGAGAUAAACAAUCAGCAACCAUCAAUUGUUAAAUUCGUCAUUCGCGCUGAACCACCCCUGGCGGGUAUUCUGAAAACCCUCAGUACGGACUACAACAAAGUCCAGGAGGCUCUGUUGAGUAUGCUGUGUCAGGUUCUCUCGGGCAAUAGCUUCGAGCUAAUUUUAUCCGUUGCCACGGUGGAGGGGAAGCUCAAGACUUUCGUGUCGCGCCUCAUAAAGUGCAAUGAGUGCUCAAAGCAAGUUCCCGGUGAGACGGGAAAGGCUGCCCUCACACGAGCUGCCCUCUUUGAUGUCUCCUUCCUCAUGCUGACUUUCAUUGUGCAAACUUUCGGUUCGGACGUGGUCCUGGACGAGGGUGGGGAUAGUUUCUUCGAGAAAUGGGUCCGGGAGUGCAUGGUGGAGCGCAAUAAGUGCAAAUCCCCAAUGAAUAUGGUGCAGCAAUGCGAUCAGACUAAGGUUGAUGAGCUCCUAUUGCAUCUCCACUCUCCGGAUUCGUACAAAGUACCCUCGCUGAAGUGGCAUGAGGUCUGCAAUAACAUCCCCGGGGUGCUGUACCAUGUUCUCCUUGCCUGGGAGAAUGGGCAAUCACCAACGGAUGUUAAGAACAUCCUGGACAAUAUGAAGGUGAAACUCUGCGCAUAUUCAGUAUGCGCUGCUUCGUGGCUCUGCUCAUACCUCCAAAUUGUCUGUGCGGAUGAUCUGUUAAAGCCCAUGAAUAUGGUGCAACAAUUCCUCACGGCCAUUGCACCGGAGGAAAUGGCACAGCAGGAGAACUUCAAGGAACGCCUGGGGUUAACGUUCCAAAUUAUCCGGAAGAUGCAGCAUGAUUUCCAUCCGGCUGGCAAUCCCAAAAUGCGUAUGGCACUUACGCACAAUCUCGUUUCGGCAAAUCCACUCACAGAGCACUUUGGGGACGUGUGGAAGGGUGUUCAGGAGCGUGGAUGGCUUCCCGUGGAUACUGCUCAGACACUUGAGAGUCUUAUGCAGUCAUGUGGACCACUGUGGCUUGUCACGAAGCUCGUUCAGGAGAUAUUCGCGUGCAAGCACAUCAGCGAUAUGACACGCGUGAUGGAUAUUGCAUUCGCCAUCAUGCACCUGGACAUUGAGCUGUGCACAGUGGCGCUUCUCUCGGAACUCCUGCCCAUGUAUUUGCUCAAUAAACUCCAAAGUGCUGAGCUGGUGGAGCCACAUUCGACUAUUGUGGCACGAUUGGCGGUCUAUGCGAUCCUGUCGACGCUUGAGAAUCCCGCAAAGGUGCGCAAGAAGCGCUCCCGGACAGCUGAUACUGAAGAUGCGGGCGACGGUGUUGGGCCACCGUCUAAAGCAAGAAAACUCAAUCCAGAUCUCAUUGCUGGGGACUCCUGUUCGAGUGAUAUGCCUCCCGAGACGGUCAUUAGUCGUGAGCCCCCUGCUACGGUGGCAGAACCUCUUGCCACGUGCUUCCAGAACCUCCUCAAGAUGUUUGCCACAUUCGUUACGACCGAUGAAUUUUCGCCAAAGGUCCAUUUCAUCUUCCAAUUCCUCGUGCUGCUUGUACAGUGCGGCCGGGAUAGAGUGAAGCCCCUUUUGAGACUCCUCCCAGUGGGAUUUGUGCAGAAUCUACUGAAAAUCAUUGUGACGGAUGACUUCACACCAGGUCUCAUUCUGCGCCUGUAUGAUCUUCAAACAUCCCGUCAAGGAGCCGUUGCGGAUCUCUGCCUUCUUCGGAAUAUCCAAUUACGGAAGGAAAGUAUUCGUCUUUAAAUGUGGUAAGUCCCGCAAAUCCUCUCACUACAACAAAUCCCCCCUUAGCCGGAAAGUAAUAAAACAAUUUUUCGGCUAUUUUAAAA